UUCUUAUAUUUAUUUGUAUAUGUGUAUGUAUGUAAAAAGGUGUAAAAAUAUUUCGUGUUGUAUAAUUUUAUUAAGUUCUGUUCGUUCGUUUUAGUGAGUGUGCGAUCGUGAGUGUGUGUCUGUGUGUGAAUCCUGUGUGCCGGCUGUACGCUCUAGAAGUAUAUCGUAUUAAUAUUAAAAGUAUUAUUAAAAGAAUAUAAAAAAUCAUAACAAUUAGCAUAUUAUAUUGCAAUUACAAUAUUUCGAUUAAUUGAUAGCAGUGUAAAAUAAUCCAUUGGUUUUUGCUGAACGUUUACCAUCUAUUCCACUGGUUCUACGUUCACCAUCCGCCGAUUAUUGUUACAAAUUCUUUACAUUUUCAAAUGAAGUGGUUAGGCGCAGGAAAUGUACCUGUUUCCAGCACAAAUAACACAGUGUUGAAUAACAAUGGUAAUCAUUUGCAAGAACAUCAACAACAAAUAAAUGAAAACGAACAAAGUGGAGACAACGUAUUACGACAAACAGUACAGGAAGAACCAAUUAUCAAUUAUGUAUUUGACUGUGCUUCAGGUGAAUCACAAGAAUAUGGAUUACAUUCUGCACCAUUGCCAUCUAAACUGCCACAGCCUAGGUGGCCAGCAUCUUCUGAAGACUGUUUUUUAGAGCAAAUGCAGGAGAAAUGGAAAUAUUUCUCUGCCAAAAUGUCUCAACCUCCACCUCAGAUAUCUGAAGUACCAAAUGUACAAUAUCAGUUACAACCAAUAUUAGUAAAAUCUGGAGAAGGUGGCACAGAACAAUACGUUUACGGAGCGCCUCCAGGAUUGCAUCCAUAUCAGCAGCAUAUGGCAGAUUUAGCAAGUUCAUCAAUGGCACAUAACUCAGCCCAUGCAAUUAUGUCAACACAACAGCAACAUACUAUGGAUUUACAUGUGCGAAAUGGAGAAAUUGCAUCUUCAACUAAGAAAUUAUGGGGAGUUGAAGAAGGCAAAGAAGAUGGACCCAAAGGAAUACUCAAUUUGAAUGACCAUCAUCACCAAAUGUGGAGAGAUUCCACUUGGAGUUCUAAUACAAGAAGAGGUGCUGGAUUUCCAGUAGGCAAUGAUUCAGGAAAUAUAUUAUCACCAAGAUCCUCAGAGCCUGGAAUUGGUAUGAAGAUGGUUGAAUAUGUUUUAGCCAGUACGCCAAACAAAAUGGAAACGCUAGAACCUAGAAUGAGGAGUUUAGUUAUUAGCUCCAGCGAUGGUGAAACUAUCAAAAAGGAGAAAGACAAACCACCUGGUUCUCCUUAUGAUCCUGUAAAUAGCAACAAAAAAGAAAUGGAAAAUGGAAAUUGUUCUACUGUUGUUCAACAAAAUGGAAUGGUAGUUGUACAAAAUGGUUUAGAUGAAGAUAAAUAUAUCAAUCGUCAAGCGUCACCUAGCGAAGAAGAAAUUAACAAAAAUGCUAUGAGUGCAGUUUCUGGUAAUCAAGUUGCUAAUGCUGGUACCAAUAAUGUUGUGGUUAUUGACAAUUUGCAUGGUGCUUUACAUCAAGGACAAUUAAUGAAUCAUCAUCAUCAUGGAAUGACUAUGCCUUUACACCAACAAUUCCAAGUGCAAGGCGAUCCACAGCAAAUGGAUAUGAACUCUUACCAUGCCAGCAAUGCUCAGCAACAACAGGGUGCUAUUGACUCACAAGGAAAUGUUAUGACUCCAUUUGAUAUACAGCAGCUGUUUCGUAAUCACCAAGCCCAACAAGCAGCGGCAGCGGCAGCAGCUGCGGCAGCCAAUCCAGCCGCCGCGGCUGCGGUAGCGGCUCAACAACUGCAGCUCAUCCAGCAACAACAGCAGCAGCAAUUCCAUCUACAGCAACAGCAACAACUGGCCGCAGCGGCUGCCGGACUGGCGGCAGCCGCAUCAGCUCCAGCUGCUACCCCAGCAGCGGCCGCGGCCACGUUUGCGCCUCCCGGAACCACGGCCACCACACCGUACCUUAUCAACCCUCAAGAACCAUACGUGAUCACCGGCUUUAUGGGCUCAGGUCCGACCGUGGUGCCGCAAUACUACGGCGUGCCGUGGGGCAUGUAUCCGGCUGGCAGCAUCAUACAACCGGCUGGUGCGGCAGGACAACCCGGCGCUGCGGCCAAUGGAACCAACACGGCCCAGCAGCAGCGCAGGCCAAUGAGUCCGUCUCAGGCUGACGGCACCCAGUACCAGGUCAUACCGGCAUUCUACGACCAAAACGGAUCACUCGUAAUGACCCGUAACGGCGGACAGCUGAGGCUCGUGUCGCCCGCGUCCGUUAUCGUCAACGCCCAACAAGGACUCCAACCACAGCCUCAGCAGGCGGUCGGUUCGGCAGCCAACAAUUAUUCAACCAACUUGACCUCACUGACAUCCAGCCUUUCUUCGCUGGGGGUCAGCGCAGCAGGCGUACACGAUGUCAACGUCAGUCUUGGUCUUGGUUCCGGAAAUGGCGGCAGACGCGAUUCUUUUGACCGCAAUACGUCCGCUUUUUCACCAUCUAUGGACUAUGCCCGUCACAAGUGGCCGCAGUACGGAACACUGGCGUCACAAAGUCCUUUGGGUCUUGCUUCAGGAUCUCCUCCUCCUCCGUUAAUGGGCUCCGCAUCCAAUUUACAAUUGGGUCUGAUGGGUUCGGCCAACAAUGCCAACAGAGGUCUGAUGAAUGCUGCGCCAGGUGCUGAAACAAUGUCCAAGUUCAGAGCUAGUGAUUUUGCCAUGGGUGGUCUAGCCACCAAUGGAGCCAUGUUCAACACUACGGCAAACCCGAACAAUUCGAGUUCCUUAUUCAACAAAAUGGGUGGCGUUCGAGGUAGUGCAUCCUCACUAGGAGGUUCUUCCAUCACCUUAGAUUCAAAACCGUCUGGUAGAAGCAGGCUAUUAGAAGACUUUAGGAACAAUCGUUACCCCAGUCUCCAACUACGAGACCUGACCAAUCACAUCGUUGAGUUUUCUCAAGACCAACACGGCUCUAGAUUUAUACAGCAGAAGUUGGAACGAGCUUCUACACCAGAGAAGCAGUUGGUGUUUUCCGAAAUAUUGGCUGCUGCUUACAGCUUGAUGACUGACGUUUUCGGUAAUUAUGUCAUUCAAAAGUUUUUUGAAUUUGGCACACCUGAACAGAAAUCUACAUUAGCGCAAAAAGUGAGAGGACACGUAUUACCAUUAGCAUUACAAAUGUAUGGCUGCAGAGUUAUCCAGAAAGCAUUAGAGAGCGUAAGUGGAGAACAACAAGUAGAAAUAGUACGUGAGCUUGAUGGUCAUGUCCUUAAAUGUGUUAAAGACCAAAAUGGUAAUCAUGUUGUCCAAAAAUGUAUUGAAUGUGUUGACCCACAUGCUUUGCAAUUCAUUAUCAAUGCUUUCCAAGGACAAGUAUUAACAUUAUCAACUCACCCAUAUGGAUGCAGAGUUAUUCAACGUAUACUUGAACAUUGUACAUCGGAACAGACAGCACCAAUACUUGAUGAAAUGCAUCAACAUGUUGAACAAUUGAUUCAAGAUCAAUAUGGAAAUUAUGUAAUUCAACAUGUAUUGGAACACGGUAAGCAAGAGGACAAAUCUAAAUUAAUAUGCUCAGUUCGUGGUAAAGUGUUGACAUUAUCCCAGCAUAAGUUUGCAUCUAACGUUGUGGAGAAAUGUGUUACACAUGCUACACGUAGUGAACGAUCAAUGCUGAUAGAAGAAGUGUGCGGUUUCAAUGACAAUGCUUUACACGUGAUGAUGAAAGAUCAGUACGCUAAUUAUGUGGUGCAAAAAAUGUUGGAUGUAUGUGAGUCUUCACAACGCAAGGUGCUUAUGCACAAAAUCCGUCCACAUUUUGCAUCUCUGCGCAAAUAUACAUAUGGCAAGCAUAUAAUUUCAAAAUUAGAAAAAUAUUUCAUGAAAAGCAACCAACAGUCAGUACCAGUAUCUGAAUUGGGACCUAUUGGGCCACCUACAAAUGGAGUGCUUUAAACAAUUCUACAUUUUCUGCUUAACAUUUUUUUUUUUUUUUUAAUCAUUGUAUCCCAUUAUUAGUAUUUUGAAUCCAAUUUAAGUUGUAUUUAUUU